AUGACCGACUACGACGUGGUGAUUGUUGGUGCCGGCAUCUCCGGCAUAAACUCGGCGUACCGACUGCAGACCCAACUACCACACCUGCGCUACACCAUCCUCGAGGCUCGCGACAAUCUCGGUGGUACUUGGGACCUGUUCAAGUAUCCCGGCAUCCGCUCGGAUUCAGAUCUAUUCACCUUUGGCUUUGCCUGGCAUCCGUGGGAUCAGGACAACGCGAUCGCAGCGGGUCCAGCCAUUGUCAACUACCUGAAGCGUACGACCGCGCAGUAUGGCAUCAAUCGCCACAUUCAGUACGGCCAACGGCUGCGCGGUGCGGACUGGUCUUCAGCCGACCAUACCUGGUCGCUGUCGGUGGAAAACACCGCCGACGAGCAGAUGAAGACCCUUUCCGCCCGCUUUAUCAUUUUCGGCACUGGUUACUACGAUUAUCAAACCCCUCUCCAGACAGAUAUCCCGGGUCUAGAUCAGUUCGCCGGCCAGGUCGUCCACCCUCAGUUCUGGCCUGAGGAUCUGGAUUAUUCUAAUAAACGCAUUGUCAUUAUUGGCAGUGGUGCCACGGCGGUCACUCUGCUCCCAAAUCUGGUUGAGAAGGCACAGCACGUGACUAUGCUACAGCGAAGUCCAACGUAUAUUCUGGCCCUUCCGAACCGCAAGCCUCUUAUGAGCUGGAUACUCCCAGCUUUUAUUGCUCGCCGUCUGAUUCGGGUCAGCUGGAUGCUCACGUCUCGAAUUUUCUUCCUCUUUUGCCAGGCUUUCCCGCUGCUCGCGCGUUUCAUUCUCCGCUUCCGAACCAAGACAUUAUUGCCUAAGGACGUCCCCUGGGAUCCACACUUCAAGCCAAACUAUAACCCAUGGGACCAGCGUCUUUGUGUUUCGCCAGAUGGUGAUUUCUACAAGAGUCUACACACGGGCAAAGCCGCUGUAAAAACAGACACCAUCAAGACCGUCACGCCAAAGGGCAUUGAGCUCAAUUCGGGCGAAUUCUUGGACGCCGACAUGAUCGUCCCAGCAACGGGUCUCCGUUUGAGGAUUGCUGGCGGUGCCUCCAUUAGCGUCGACGGUGCCCCGGUGCACCUCAACGACAAGUUUAUUUGGCACGGUAUGAUGCUCCAGGACAUGCCAAACGCUGCCUUUAUCAUUGGAUAUACAAACGCAUCAUGGACACUUGGCGCCGACGCCACAGCUCUUACCAUCUGUCGAAUUCUUAAGAAUCUCGAAAAGCGCGGCUUCGCGGCCGUUGUGCCGCGCCUCUCGCCCUCACUCGCUUCGAACAUUCAACCCCGGCGGCUGCUCAAUCUUUCGUCUACAUACAUCACGAAAGCAGAAAAGGACCUACCGCGGGCGGCAGAUCGUGGACCCUGGGUGCCUCGAGACAACUACUUCAGUGAUCUGUGGUUCGCCAAAUACGGCAAUAUCGACGAUGGGAUGGAGUUCUUGGGAGAGAAGAAGACUCUGUAA